UUAAGAUACAAGCACAUUCUUAACAAGGAAAGGAGGAAGUGGGUAGGUGCUUUUACAUGAAUCACCAGGACCCUUUAAAAAAAAAAAAAAAACUGUGCACUGAAAACAGUAUAAAUACCCUUCAGAGCUUCUUGACCCCAAUGACUGGUUGGGACAACACACAGACAACAACAAUGAUAGCCUCACUGCUGCUGCUGGCGCUGGUCGCUCACUCCUUGGCUGUUCCUGUGCAGUCACCGGACAAAGACAACUUGAUUUUAGCAGAUAAAUAUCUCCGUCGCUUCUAUGGCCUUCCGGCUGGUCUUCAUGGUACAAAGACGCCUUCAGGAGCUUUUCGGGCAAAGAUCGAGGAAAUGCAGAAAUUCUUCAAUCUCGAGGUCACAGGGAAUCUGGAUGACAACACCGUGGAGCUAAUGAACAAGGCAAGAUGUGGUGUCCCAGACAUUGGGGAGUACAACCACUUCCCUCGACACCUCAAAUGGGAAAACUUGAAUGUCACAUUCAGGAUAGUAAAUUAUACACCAGAUCUGAAGCGGACUGAUGUAGACAAAGCCAUACACAAUGCACUGAACGUUUGGGCUGACGUCACCCCUCUGACUUUUAAGAAGCUGUACACGGGCACUGCUGACAUUAUGAUCAGCUUUGGAUCAAGAGAGCAUGGAGACUUCAAUCCAUUUGAUGGGCCUGACGGGUUGCUGGCUCACGCCUACCCUCCUGGCCAAGGCAUUGGAGGAGACACUCACUUUGAUGAGGAUGAACAUUGGACCAAAGACUCAUCAGCUUACAACCUCUUCAUAGUGGCAGCCCAUGAGUUGGGACACGCCCUUGGUAUGUCCCAUUCCACGGAGCCCGGCGCCCUGAUGUUCCCCAUCUACUCCUACGCUAAGGGCUACCCUCUAUCUGAAGACGACAUUGAAGGCAUCCAAGCUCUCUAUGGUCCCAACCCGAACGGAAGGAAGGUGAAGCCAAAACCUGACGCACCAAACAAAUGUGACCCCACACUGACUUUUGAUGCUGUCACAGAGCUCAGAGGAGAAACCAUCAUCUUCAAAGACAGGUUCUACUGGCGUAUCCACCCCCAGAUGGUUGAGCCUGAGCUGACACUGAUCAAGUCCACAUGGCCUUCCAUCCCCAACAAAGUGGAUGCAGCUUACGAGAACCCAGAGAAGGAUUUAGUCGUCAUAUUUAGUGGGAUUCGAAUGUGGGCUAUGAAUGGAUACAACAUUGUGGACGGUUACCCGAAGUACAUACACAAGCUUGGCCUUCCCAAGACCGUGAGGAAAAUAGACGCCGCUGUGCACAUUCAGGACACAGGGAAAACUCUCCUCUUCACUGACGAAGACUAUUGGAGCUAUGAUGAAGCCACAAGCACCAUGGACAAAGGCUACCCACGAUCUAUUGAGGAGGACUUUCCGGGAAUGGAUGACGAGGUCGACGCCGCUGUCUAUCACUAUGGGUACCUUCUUUUCUUCCAUGAACACAUCCAGUAUGAGUACAGCUACACCUCAAGGAAGGUGAUUCGCAUCCAAAGGACCAACGCCAUUUUCAACUGCUGAUGAGGUGGAAAUCUAUAACAUAGAAAUAUGUCAAAAUAUAGCUGGCUAUAUGGCACAGAACAAUACAUGACUAACUUUACACACAUAUAUAUAUAUUUAAUAAAAGGACAAGAUGCAGUUCACUGUAUGAGCAGAGCAAUGGGCAGAUACAGGGAGAAGUUAAUCUGAGAAAACUUUAUUUUCAUUAGUGCAGGACACAGAAUGCUGGAAAAUUCCUCAUAAAUAUGUUUUCUCAUAUUACUUAUAUUUAUUUUACACCUAUAUAUUUGUAUGAAAAAAAGAUUUAGCCUGUUAAGCUACUUGACUUGAUGGUCUGAAAGUAUUUGACUCAUAACCUAUUUGUGGUUUUGAGACAAACUGAAAUGGUAAAUUGAACCUGGGUGAGCAGUGCAGUUGCUGCAACAAGCACAAAAGACUUUAUUCAAAAAUAAAAGAGCAAUAAAUUGUCAUUGCAAAUGUCAUAACAAAAAGAAAUGUGAAUCUGGGAUAGUUUCUUUCAUUGUAUUAUUCUCAGUGUAGCAGCCCUUUUCCCACAUAUGUUCAUUCCUCAAGCAGAUUGAAGUAAAAGAAAACUUUUAACAUGUUUGAGCACUGGGGAUUUUUUAUGGUCUUUUUGUUUGUGUGUGUGUGUGUGUAUUUUGUCAGUAUUUUCUUUUAGGAAAUGAUUUAUGAAAUAAAUUUUUGAAA